AUAAAGAGUAUAUAUAAUAUUCAUAUCACCAAUUAGCUUAUUCUUGAGCAUAUCAUUUAACUACUUGUAAACAAUGACAUUCGUUCACCUACUGGUCUCUCUUCUCAUCUGCAUUACCUUCACGUCGUCUAUCUCCGUCGUCCCUGACCCAUCAACACAAGACCUAAUCAACAGAAUAUGCAAACAAACAAUCGACUUCCAGUUCUGUAAUAAAACCAUCACAUCACAGCUAAUCAGACGACGCACAUCCAUCAAGACAAUCGCGAAGCUAACCGCGGCAAAAGCAUGGAUCAACGCCAUAGAAACGCUUGACAACAUCGAAGGUUCUCUUCUUCCCAAAGCCAAAGACCGUAGAAGCAAAGAAGAGUUCGCUGCUUGCAGGAAAGCGUAUAGAUUGGUGGAUGCUCAUCUUGACAACGCGUUAAAGUAUUUGUAUCUUAAAGAUUAUCGGUUCAUGAGAGCAUAUCAAGCUCUUGCGCUUGUGAAUAUUUCGAUGUGUAGGACGAGUUUCUUUUACCCUACGCCUAUGGUUUAUGCGAACUGGAAUAUGAGGAUCUUGACGGAUAUAGCGAUUUAUGCUGGCAAGAUUCUUGCUCCUCCUCCUCCUCUAAGGACCAAGACCAAGAAGAAGACACCGUGAGGGUCAUCGUUUCGGAGUCGAAGCUUGA